AUAGAAUACUGUAAGUUUGUUGAAGAUAUAUAGCGAUAGGUCUACCUACUCGAUGUAGUACCUUGUGACUUAGUCAGCCUCAGAGGUAAGUUUAAAUGGGGACUUUUAUUUAGAAAUUUGGGUGAACCGGAUGUGAACAGUGUAGCAUUUCGUCUUGGAUCCGGUAAGAGCGAAAUGAGCAAUAUCAACUAUCAAAGACGAUCUUUCCAUGUGAUUUAAAAACGUUCUCCUGGCUGCUAGCUAGACGACUGAGGGCAUGGAGCUUCGUUAUACAGCAUGGAUCUAUGUAAAAUACCACGGAUAAAUCUAGUAUACCAUGGUUCUAUCUAGUAUACAAGAGGAGAAUGCGGCCAUGCGGACCUUCUCCUCGCAGUCCUCUCUGAUUAUUAAACUAUCUCUGGAGACCACCUUGUCCGUCCUGGGGCAAACCUGGCGAGAGGCAACGCCCCCUCUCUGGCAGUCGCAGGCUAGCAGUGUGGUGGACUCCAUGGUGGAGCAGGCGGUCAGGAAGCUGUGUGAGGUGUUCUGGGAGCUGUACUCCACCCUGCUGGACCACAACCUGCCGGACCAGAACCAGCUGGAACAAUACAGGAACCAGCUCCUCCAAGCCCAGCUGGACCAGAAUCAGCUAGACCCAGACCGGAGCCCAGACCAAGACCCAGACCUGACCCCAGACCAGACUUUAGACCAGGGCCCCGGCCAGACUCUAGACCAGGGCCCAGACCAGACUCUAGACCAGAACACAGACCAGACUGUAGACCAGACUCUAGACCAGGACAUAGACCAGACUCUAGACCAGACUGUAGAGCAUGACUCAGACCAGACUCUAGACCAGGAGCCAGGGGGGGCCCCAAGACCCCCAUUCGGUCUGAUCAUCAGAGAUACUCCUGAAGACACAGUAGAAGGAGCGAGCCAGGGUGUUGGAGGAGCGAGGGAGGAAGCGGAGGAGAGGAAGGAGCAGGAGAGGGAGAGGAGGAGGCAACGCUACAGGCUCAACGGCCAGCGGAGGCUGCCCCUGAAGAAGGAGAACCCCCUGUGCCGCGAGGAGGUCUCCCUGCCCUCCGCCCGGCUCCACGCUGACGUCAAGCGCUUCAUGUGCGAGGUGUGUGGCCGGGGCUUCUCGCGGAGCAGGAGCCUCCAGGAGCACCAGACGGUGCACACGGGGGCCAGGGCCCACCCCUGCCCCACCUGCGGGAAGCGCUUCGGCACCGCCAGCAACCUGCGAGCCCACAGCCGGACGCACUCGGCCCAGAGGCCCUUCCCCUGCCCCCUGUGCGGCAAGAGCUUCAGGAGCAAGGUGGGGCUGGCCCAGCACGGCCCGGUCCACAGCGGUGCCAAGCCGUUCGUCUGCCCGACCUGCGGCCUCGCCUUCGGACUCAAGUACAACCUGCUGCGCCACCAGCGGCUUCACAGCUCUGAGAAGGCGUACCGCUGCUCAGACUGCGGGGAGAGCUUCUCCGGAGCCUGGGGGUUGAAGAAGCACUCGCUGGUCCACGGCGCCACCAUGCCCUUCAUGUGCGACCUCUGUGGGAAGACCUUCUUCUACAAUUGUCAGCUGCUGAAGCACCAGCAGGUGGCGCACAGGAGCCCAGCAGGGGGCGGGGGCGGCGGCGGCGGCGGCGGCACCAGGAGAAGGCGGGCGGGCGCGGCGGCGGGGGGUGGGUUCAGCUGCCCGGUGUGUGUCAAGAGCUUCAGCAGCGCCGGCUCCCUGAAGACCCACCAGAAGAGCCACGACGCGCACAAGGAGUUCAGCUGCUCCGUCUGCGAGCGCAGCUUCCACCUCAAGCACCAGUACCUGUACCACCUGCGGCAGCACAGCGGGGAGCGGCCUCACGCCUGCUCCGAGUGCCCCCGGGCCUUCUACCUGCGGAGCCAGCUGCUCCUCCACCGGCGGCUCCACAGCGGCGAGCGGCCGCACGCCUGCCUGAGCUGCGGCAAGAGCUUCCGCACGCCGCAGAACUACCAGCGGCACCUGCGCGUUCACACGGGCGAGCGGCCGUACGAGUGCUCCGUCUGCGGUCGGCGCUUCCGCCAGUCCAACCAGCUCAAGUCGCACAUGCAGACGCACACGGGCGUCAAGCUGUACCCCUGCGGCCGCUGCAGCCGCGGGUUCUCCGACUCCAGGCAGCUCAAGAAGCACAGCUGCCCCGACCAGGGCCCGAACAAGGACUCAGGAACCUCCCUAGGAACUUGA